UUCGACAAAAACCACGAGGAGUCAGUCUCGAUUCCACGGUGGUGUGAGAAACUGCCUAGGAGUGAAAAGUCCGUUUCCGAUAGCAGCCAUGGGUAUCGAUUUGGACCGUCACCAUGUCCGCAGCACCCACCGGAAGGCGCCCAAGAGCGACAAUGUCUACCUUCAGCUCUUGGUGAAGCUCUAUCGCUUCCUUGCCCGCCGCACUGAUUCUAACUUCAACAAAGUCGUUUUGCGACGCCUCUUCAUGUCCCGUAUUAACCGUCCUCCAAUGUCUCUCUCGCGCUUGGUCUCUAUUGUAAAGAAGGACAAUUCCGAAGAGUCUAUUAGCAACAAGACCAUCGUUGUCGUUGGGACCAUCACUGAUGAUGAGCGUCUACUUGUUGUUCCAAAAAUGUCGAUCGCUGCACUUCGAGUUACCGCCACUGCCAGAGCUAGAAUUGAGAAAGCUGGUGGUGAAAUCCUUACCUUGGAUCAACUCGCGCUCAGAGCUCCAACUGGUGCAAACACUAUUCUUCUUAGGGGAAAGAAAAAUGCCAGAGAGGCUGUCAAGCACUUCGGAUUUGGUCCACACAGUGGGAAGAAACCAAAAGUUGCCAGCAAGGGCCGGAAGUUUGAGAGAGCUCGGGGACGGAGAAGAUCGCGUGGCUUCAAAGUUUAAAUCUUCUCAUUGUGUGAGGUCGUCAUCCGCCGGUGGUAUCCUAGCUAGCUGGAUCCCAAAGUCAAUCGAAACGAGUUUCCUAAUUUCAAACCUAUUUUAGCUAUAGGAUACUACGCAUAGGGAACAUAUCUUGUAUUGGCGAGGAGCAUGUCGAUCAUAUGUUUCCCGAAAUGAUUCAAUCAUGAUGUAUGGAGAAGCUGAUAGUAUGGAUUGAUGGGGUCAAGAGCAAAAUAUCCAUCGAUGCCUCAUUUAUUUCCUAUGUGCAGGCUAUACUAUCUGUCGCCUAGGGGCAGUUGUUGGUGCUUCCAUUGCUUUCCGGCUUCGCCUUGAAACUCUCCUGCGGUAUGGCCGUUGCCUCUAAUCAAAUAUUUGUAAAUUGUUAAAC